AAACUUGGCAACAAAUAGCAGCACUGCUGUGAAUGUCACUAUAGUUGUUUGUCUCAGUCCUUUUUUGUUAUUCAAACAUGUUGCAAGGGCUUCUCCUGCUAACAUGGCUAACACUGACAUUCCAACCCACUGAGUGUCUACAAGGAGUUGGAAAUUCCCUUGGUAUUAAUAUCAGCAACACAAAUCAGGAACUAGAAAAAGUUCUGAGCAAGUUUGGCAUUGUUGCACGUAGCUGCAAAGACAUUCAACAGAAAUAUGGUGUUCAAGAAGAUGGCCUGUACUACCUCAGCACGUCCAGUGGGGUGCUGUACCAGACGUACUGUGACAUGACCACAGCAGGUGGUGGCUGGACUCUGGUGGCCAGCGUACACGAGAACAACAUCUAUGGGAAAUGCACUAUGGGGGACCGGUGGUCCAGCGAGCAGGGAAGCAAUCCCAACCGCCCUGAUGGAGAGGGCACAUGGGCCAACCUGAACACCUUUGGGACUGCAGAGGGGGCAACAUGUGAUGACUACAAGAAUCCUGGUUACUUUGACAUCAUAGCGGAAGAUGUGUCUGUUUGGCAUGUCCAGAACAACGUUCCACUACAGCACUGGACUAUUGCCUCUACCCUACGAUACCACACAGAAACAAGCUUCCUCACUCUGCAUGGAGGAAACCUCUACCAACUCUUCAAGCGCUACCCAGUGAGGUACAACAUUGGAGCAUGUGGCACCAACAAUGGACCGUCUAUUCCUGUGGUGUAUGAUUACGGAAAUGCUGACACCACAAGAGACUUGUAUGCUCCAAAUGCUAGAAAUGAGUUUCUACCUGGCUUCAUCACCUUCAGAGUAUUCAACUACGAGAGGGCAGCAAUGGCCAUCUGUUCUGGAGUCAAACCCACUGGAUGCAACACUGAAACUUUUUGCAUUGGUGGUGGGGGACACUUCCCUGAAGCUGCUCCUCGUCAGUGUGGCGACUUCACAGCCUUUGACUGGGAUGGUUAUGGGACCAACGUGAAAUGGAGUUCAUCCAGAGAGCUGAUUGAAGCUGCAGUACUGUUUUUUUAUCGCUGAUUCUCUCUACAAUAAAACUCUGGGUCCACAAAUGAAUGUGACAGAUCAUGUUUAGGAAUGAAAUGAUGCACUUAUAAGGACAUUUUGUGUGAACAUUUGUGCUGUUUUAGGUUUAAGGUUGUCCGAUAUUAAAUGGUAUCACAAAGAUGAUGGAAAUACACUAUUUACCCAUCCCAUCCCUUAAUUUUCUUGCUGAGGUCUACCUAGGGUUUGGGGUUGUCUCCUCUUCUGGCUAAAGAGCUUUACUUUGAGUGUCAGUGCAUUCAUCUGUUAUUUCCCCAGUACCUACAUGCAAAGUGCAUCAAAAUCUUGAAUUUAUAUUACAAGUGAAAUCUAUUUCUUUUUUUGGAUCUUGCAUCUUGUCUGAUUUCCUGAUCCUACCCCUAUCUCUCUCUGCCAAUCAUUUCCUGACAAGCUCUACUCUCGAUUAAAAGGC